CACGUGGUAUGCGCAAGCCAAUGGCAACGCUUCAUUUCUUUAAAGGCCGACAUUUUCUGACAAGCCUAGAAAAAGUUUUCAUCAACAGCCGCCAUUUUGCGCUGGAGAGACUGAGAAGAAUUUCGGAAUUUGUCGUGUAAAUUUUCUGUUUUUUCUUACAUCAUUUAUCUUAAACUGUACCAUUCCGUGUAUUUUAAAGUGUUAAGUGAAAUUGUGUCAUUCGAUUGAGUUAAUAAGUCUUCAAUAAUAGCUAAAAUCUGGUGAUAUUGUUUUCAUUUAUUGUGCUAGUUCCGACGGAAGAUGGUGAGAGGGUCUGUGUAGCUCUUCGAUUCGGAGCUUUGUAAUGGCGAAUACUUGAAGUGAGAAAUUUUAAUAUGUGCCUUCAAUGGUGCGAAGGACAUCGAACGAUUGUGAUGUGGGUGAAUUACAUUAUAAUGGAUGACAAAUCGCUCUAAAAUGUUAUUUCUUCAACAUAUAAGACAUAAAUGUGUUAUUUGAAUCGGCGGGCCGAAAUAUUCAGGACGGCAUACGUUUAGUAAACAGAGCCAUGGCCGAUCAUCACGGAGAUGAGCCGCCUAACAAGCGGCCAAAAAUGUUCCAGGGUCCAUCGGACUCCACGGAUGGGUUUUCAAACCUACAAGACAUGUUCGACCUUGAAAAGGACCUCCCUGAUGAACUUAUGGGAGGCUCUUGGGCCGAACAACCAGGUGUUCCGGGGUCCAAGCCACCAGCUCAGGGGCCUGGCCCUGGGAACCAACUCGUCCCACAGCAGCAGCUCAAUGGGGAUGACCCAACAGCUGCUAUGCAGAGGCAAAUCAAUAAUCACCUUAUACAACAAGGCAACAAAGGUGGCUUAGUCGGCCACAAUAAUCCUUUAGGGUUGAGUAGUUUAGGAAGUAAGAGUCCAAAUUUGCAGUCACCUCCAAAUGUGUCUGUAUCCAAGGAUUUAAUGGGUGGUAUGCAUCCACAACUAAUGCCAAAUACAAGUCAUCCAAAUCAAUUGCACUCUACCAUGCCAAUGAGUUCCAUACAAGGUGGAAUGAAUGUCGCUAAUGUCGGCAAUAUGAUAGUGACAAACAGUAAUAUGACUGGAGCAGGUAUGCUCGGCAGCGGGAUCAUCAACAACGUAAACAAACAACUGCCCACUUUGAUGGGCAACAAUCACCACGGAACACCUCCGCAUCAUCCUCACACGCAGACGAUGCAGAACGGUCCGCUGGGGGGUCGCGUUGGCGUGGGUGUGGGCAUGCAGGCGCCUACGAUGCGCAGUACGCUGCAGCACCACCCGCGCAUGCCGGGCGGCGGUGGGCACCCGCUGGCGCCGUACCACCCGGCGUACGGGCAGUCGGCGCAGGGGCCGGGCGUGCCGCCGGCGCAGCGCGCGGGUGCGGCGGGCGUGCGCUUCGGACCGCCGGGCGAGGCGGGCGGCGGCGCCGCGCAGGCAGUACCGCCCGCGCCCUCGCCGCAGACGCCCGGUGCGCCCGCCGGAGGCCAGUCGCAGCCGCAGGCCGCCACGCAGGCCGCCGCCCCCCACGUACACCAACCUCACGCGCCACACCAACCGCCCGCGUCGGGCUCCAUCGCCGACCCUGAGAAGCGGAAACUGAUUCAGCAGCAGCUUGUGUUACUGCUGCACGCGCAUAAAUGCCAGAGGCGCGAGUCACAGUCCAACGGCGAGACGUGGCAGUGCACUCUGCCACACUGCAAGACCAUGAAGGGAGUGCUCAACCAUAUGAUGUCGUGUCAGGCGGGUAAAAAUUGUACAGUUCCUCAUUGUUCAUCGUCUCGCCAGAUUAUCAAUCACUGGAAGCAUUGUAACAAGAGUGACUGUCCCGUUUGUUUACCCCUAAAACAAGCUGAUAGGAAUAGACCCAACAACAUGAAUGCGGCCGCCGUAAGCCACACGACGACGGGUGCGAGCACAGGCGUGACCGUGGGCAACGUGGCCGUGGGCGGCGUGGGCGUGGGCAGCGUGGGCGUCGGCGUGGGCGUGGGCAGCGCAGGCGCCAGCAUUGUCAAUUCCCUAACGCCUGCACCAACGCCGAGCACGCAAGGCGCCGAUAUGAAGCGCGCGUACGAAGCCCUAGGCAUCACGUGUCCCACGUCGGUCUCCAAUAUGACGGGGGGCUUCCCCAGGGCGCCGCCUGCCCGAAUGGCAGUCCCCAGACCCCCAGGCCUCACGGACGUAGUGCCCCAACAACAGAAUACCCCGAUGCAACAACUGUUUGCACAGCAGAACCAAUCCGAUCUGCAGCAGCAGCAACAACAACUGAUGGGUGGUAGUACGCUUCAACUACCAGGAGGACCAGUCACGGCGAAUCCGGUCUCAGGAACGAAAGAGUGGCAUCAGUCUAUAACAGCCGAUCUCAGAAACCAUCUUGUUCAUAAACUGGUGCAAGCGAUUUUUCCAACUCCGGAUCCGCACGCGAUGCUAGACAAACGGAUGCACAACCUCGUGGCGUAUGCGAGGAAAGUGGAAGGAGAUAUGUAUGAGAUGGCGAGUACGCGAUCGGAAUACUACCAUUUGUUGGCGGAAAAAAUAUAUAAAAUACAGAAGGAGUUGGAGGAGAAGCGGCAGAAACGCAAAGAGCAGCAGUUGCAGCAGCAACAGCAACAACAAGGGCAACUCCAACAACAAGGUCAGCUGCAACAAGGGCAGCUACAGCAGCCCGUAGUAAUGUCAGGGGGUGGGGUGAUGGGAGUACGAGUGGGUGGGGUGGGCAGCGUUGGGGCCGGGGCUACAGGCAUGCCCAGAGCAGGGAUGCCGACGCAGCCCUCUCUCCCCGGGAUGAGGAUACCGUCGCCCGGCAUGCAGCUACCCAUGCAGCCCAAUAGAGUCGCCUUCCCCACGUUGGUGGGACCGCCGGGGCCUAGUCCUAAUCAGAUGCCACAAACGCCGAACGGCUCGGUGGGCGUGGCCAACCCCAGCAUGUCGCCGUUCGGGCAGACAAUGACGUCACCCGCCUCCUACCCCGCGCUGCAGAGCAAUGGGCCCGCGUUGCCUUCACCCGGACACCCGGACAAGGUGCGGCCGGUGGUGAACUCGCCGUUCAUGAACCACGCGCCUUUCCGGGACGCGGCGACGGCGUCUCCCGCGCCCGGCACUCCGCACACGCCGCUGGCGCACCCCAGCCCCGCGCCCGCGCCGCCCGAACCGCGCCCCGCCUCCCGCCCGCCGCCGCCCGCGCCCGCCCCCGCGCCGCCGCCGCAUGCCGCGCCCGCGCCACCGCCCUCCGCCCCCGCGCCGCCGCCAGACGACGAGCCCGCGCCCGAGGUCCGAAUCAAACAAGAACCAGAAGAAUCUCGGAUCAAAGAAGAACUGGAGGAGGAUUGCGGGGGCAAAGGCAUGCGGGACGAGAUCCCGACUGAGAGAGAACAGCAGGAGCACAACGAAUUCCUACAAACCGUCAAAACUGAGAUCAAGCAUGAGAUCAAGCAGGAGAUCAAAGAUGAACCAGUGGAGGCGUCUAGUAGCGAUGCGAACGCGGUCGACCGGCCUGGAGGCAGAAGGAUAUUCGUGUUCAAGCCGGAAGACUUGCGACAAGCGCUAAUGCCUACCUUAGAGAAAUUGUUUAGACAAGAGCCGGAGUCAUUGCCGUUCCGACAGCCCGUAGACGCCCAAGCUCUCGGUAUCCCCGACUAUUUUGAUAUCGUGAAGAACCCGAUAGACCUGUCCACCAUCAAGAACAAGCUGGACCGCGGCGAGUACAAGGACCCGUGGCAGUACGUCGACGAUGUCUGGCUUAUGUUCGAGAAUGCGUGGCUCUAUAACCGCAAGAACUCGCGAGUCUACAGAUACUGUACAAAGUUGUCAGAGGUGUUCGAGCAGGAGAUCGACCCUGUUAUGCAGAGUCUGGGCUACUGCUGCGGAAGAAAGUACACAUUCAACCCGCAAGUGCUCUGCUGCUACGGGAAACAGCUGUGCACCAUCCCUCGCGACGCCAAGUACUUCAGUUACCAAAACAGAUACACCUUCUGCCAGAAAUGUUUCAACGACAUCCAAGGGGACACCGUCACGUUGGGCGACGACCCGCUGCAGCCGCAGACUGCUAUCAAAAAGGAUCAAUUCAAGGAAAUGAAGAAUGAUCAUUUAGAACAAGAACCGUUUGUAGUGUGUAUGGAUUGUGGUAGGAAACAGCAUCAGAUUUGUGUGCUGCAUCACGAUCAAAUUUGGCCUCAAGGCUUCUGCUGUGAUAAUUGUUUAAAAAUGAAGGGAGCUAAACGGAAAGAUAACAAAUUUUGCGCUAAAAAGUUGCCUCCGUCGAAACUUGGCAUUUAUAUUGAGACGAGGGUCAAUAAUUUUCUCAAGAAAAAAGAGGCUAGUGCAGGUGAAGUGCAUAUCAGGGUGGUCGCAUCGUCUGAUAAGAUGGUGGAGGUGAAACCUGGAAUGAAAUCGAGAUUCGUCGACGCGGGCGAGCUAUGUGCCGAAUUCCCGUAUCGGGCUAAGGCGUUAUUUGCAUUUGAAGAGGUCGACGGAACCGAUAUUUGUUUCUUUGGUAUGCAUGUGCAGGAAUACGGCAGCGAAAGUCCGUCGCCGAAUACGAGGCGUGUUUAUAUAGCAUAUCUAGAUUCUGUACAUUUCUUCCAACCUAGGCAGUACCGAACUGCAGUUUAUCAUGAGAUUUUAUUAGGUUAUUUGGACUACGCUAAACAAUUGGGCUAUACAAUGGCUCAUAUAUGGGCCUGCCCGCCCUCAGAGGGCGAUGACUACAUUUUCCACUGCCAUCCGCCCGAACAAAAGAUUCCUAAGCCUAAAAGGUUACAAGAGUGGUACAAGAAAAUGUUAGACAAAGGUAUAAUAGAAAGGAUAAUAUUAGAUUAUAAAGACAUAUUAAAACAAGCUAUGGAGGACAAUAUCUCUUCUGCGGCGGAGCUACCGUACUUUGAGGGUGACUUCUGGCCCAACGUGUUAGAAGAAUCUAUCAAGGAAUUGGACCAAGAAGAGGAGGAGAAGAGAAAGCAAGCGGAAGCCGCUGAAGCAGUGAUAUUCCAGUCGUCAGAGGAAAGCGAACAAGGCCCUGACGGCAAGAAGAAAGGCCAGAAGAAGGCGAAGAAAUCGAACAAGUCGAAAGCCGCCCAAAGAAAAAGCAGUAAGAAGCAGAGCGACCAACAGCAGGGUAGUGAUCUCAGUGCAAAGAUAUUUGCAACCAUGGAGAAACACAAGGAAGUGUUCUUCGUUAUAAGGCUACAUUCCGCACAGUCCGCGGCGAGCUUAGCUCCAAUCCAGGACCCGGACCCAUUAUUAAAUUGUGACUUAAUGGACGGCCGUGACGCGUUCUUGACUAUGGCCCGGGACCGCCACUACGAGUUCUCGUCGACGAGAAGGGCGAGGUUCUCCACCCUUUGCAUGUUGUACGAAUUACACAACCAAGGCACGGACAAAUUCGUCUACACUUGCAAUAGUUGUAAAUCGCAUGUAGAAACGAGGUAUCAUUGCACCGUGUGCGACGACUUCGAUUUAUGUGUUCCUUGUUACGAGAAAGAGGGUCACCCGCACAAGAUGGAGAAGCUAGGCUUGGACAUCGACGUGGGUUCCUCCCCGGGAGAUAUGAAGCAGGCGAAUCCUCAGGAAGCACGGAAACUAUCAAUACAGAGGUGUAUACAAAGUUUGGUGCACGCGUGUCAAUGCAGAGACGCCAACUGCCGACUGCCGUCGUGCCAGAAGAUGAAGAGGGUAGUGACCCACACGAAGAUUUGCAAGCGGAAGACGAAGGGCGACUGCCCCAUCUGCAAGCAACUCAUCGCGUUAUGUUGCUACCAUGCGAAACAUUGCCAGGAGACGAAAUGCUCAGUGCCGUUCUGCAGCAGCAUAAAGCAGAAGCUGAAGCAGCAGCAGGUCCAGCAAAGGGUGCAGCAAGCGAAGCUUUUGAGGCGGCGGAUGGCGGCAAUGAACACUCGAGCCGCGCCCGGCGCCUCGUCGCCGCCCCACCCGCCCGCCGCGCUCGCCUCCCCGCCGCCCUCCAAGCCCGCGCCGGCGCCCUCCGCACAUGCCCUACCGCACAACGUGCAGAAGGCGCUCCAGCAGGUACAAGAGGAAGCGGCGCGGCAGCAAGCGCCUUCAUACGGCAAGCAGGGCGGCAUGGGCCCGCCGGGUGUGGGCGUGGGCCCCGUGGGCGUAGGUGUGGGAUCCGUGGGCGUGGGAACUGUGGGUGUCGGGGCCGGCGCGCGCGGCGACUGGGCGGCGCGGUACCGCACGCCGCCGCCGCUGCAGCAGCACACCGUGUCGCUGUUGACCAGGCACCCGCACCACGCGCAGCCGCCGCUGCAGCUACAGCAACAACAGCGAGCGCCGGCGCCGCAGCAGCAACAGAGCCAGCCGAUGCACCAGAAGGCACUGCAGCAGCUGAUGGCCACACUUCGUUCCCCCACCACGCACAACCAGCAACAGGAGAUCCUGCAGAUCCUCAAGUCCAAUCCCCCGCUCAUGGCCGCCUUCAUCAAGCAACGCCAGAACGCCCAGAACCAGCAGCAGGCCGCGGGCGGCGUAGGCGGAGUGGGCGGCGUGGGUGGCGUGUGCGGCGUAGGGCUGGGCGGCGGCGUGCCGCAGCAGCAGCAGCAGAUGCCACACAUGAUGCAGCCGCAGCAGCAACGACUGCAGCAGAUGCAUCAGAUGCUGCCGCAGCAGUCGCAGGUCGGCGGCGUGAGCGGCGUGGGCGGCGUGAGCAUGGGCGGCGCGGGCGUGGCGGGGGCGGGGGGGUGGUACAAGCAGGCGGGCGGUGGCCCCGCGCCCGGCUCCAUGAUGGCUAUGCGCGCGCCCUACGCCCAGGCCGCGGGGGCGGUGGCUCCCGGGGUGCAAGGGGUGCAGGGCGCGGCCCGCCUGCCCGCGCGCUACGGCUUCAGCGGCGGCGUGGUGCAGCGCGCGCACUCGCCCGACCACUCCGCCUCGCCGCGCCGGCCCGACCACCCGCACCCACACCCGCAUCCGCACCCCCAUCCGCACCCGCACCCGCACCCGCCCGUCGACGACAACCUGCCCUCCAUGACGCCGCAAGACCAACUCACCAAGUUCGUCGAGCAGUUGUAGUGUACAUACCUUAGCUCGCGGCCCGAGCCGCACCCCCUCCCCCCUUGUAAAUAGCUGACGAGACCUCGCGCGCAAAUACUGUCCCCCCCGCCCCCCCCCCCCUGAGUCCUGUCCCCCUCCCCCGCCCUAUUUAUUACCGCGCGAGGGUAGUUAAGUAUUACGAUGAAUCGAGCGCUCAAUGUACAAAAUGUAAAUAUGAGAGGAACGUCCUGUCCGCUUUGCGUUAAUGUAAGUUGUUCGUAGUGUUAGGUACAUUAUGAUACUUAUUCUGUUUAUUGUAAUUAAAUCAUUUUAUAAUAUAAUUAUGUGAUCAUUAUAAAAAAG